UAUAAUCCCAUUUCCCUUUUCUCUCUCUUCAAUUCUACGGACACUCCCCUCGCAAAUUCACACAAUCAUCUUCCAUCAAACUUCACGAUUUCUAGGGUUCUUUAGUUCGGUUCAAUCACGCCCAAUUUCAAUUUCAAUUUCUAGGGUUUCUAAUCAAAUUCUGCAAACAUGGUGUUAGCACAAUUAGGGGGGACCAUAUCCCGUGCUCUCCAGCAGAUGAGCAAUGCGACAAUCAUCGACGAGAAAGUUCUGAAUGAAUGUCUCAAUGAAAUAACUCGUGCUCUUUUGCAAUCCGAUGUUCAAUUCAAGCUUGUUAGAGAUAUGACCACUAAUAUUAAGAAGAUUGUUAAUCUUGAUGAUCUUGCUGCUGGUCAUAACAAGCGUAAAAUUAUUCAACAGGCUGUUUUUAAUGAGCUCUGCAAAAUUUUGGAUCCUGGGAAGCCAGCUUAUGCUCCGAAGAAAGGAAAACCUAGUGUCAUCAUGUUUGUUGGUCUACAAGGAUCGGGAAAGACAACCACCUGUACAAAAUAUGCAUAUUAUCAUCAAAAAAAGGGUUGGAAACCAGCUCUGGUUUGUGCUGAUACUUUUAGAGCUGGUGCUUUUGAUCAGUUGAAGCAAAAUGCUACCAAAGCUAAGAUUCCCUUCUAUGGAAGUUACAUGGAGUCAGAUCCAGUGAAGAUUGCUGUUGAAGGUGUAGAAAGAUUUAAAAAGGAAUCCUGUGAUCUCAUUAUUGUUGAUACCAGUGGACGCCACAAACAAGAGGCUUCUCUUUUUGAAGAAAUGCGUCAAGUUGCUGAAGCAACAAAACCAGAUCUUGUCAUAUUUGUUAUGGAUAGUAGUAUUGGUCAAGCUGCAUUUGAUCAAGCUCAAGCUUUCAAGCAAAGUGUUGCUGUUGGUGCCGUGAUUAUUACUAAAAUGGAUGGUCAUGCAAAGGGAGGUGGUGCUCUUAGUGCUGUGGCUGCAACCAAGAGCCCUGUGAUAUUUAUUGGAACUGGAGAGCACAUGGAUGAGUUCGAGGUAUUUGAUGUCAAGCCAUUUGUUAGCCGACUUUUGGGUAUGGGUGAUUGGUCAGGGUUCAUGGAUAAGAUUCAUGAAGUGGUUCCCAUGGAUCAGCAGCCUGAACUUUUGCAGAAGCUAUCUGAGGGGAAUUUCACCCUCAGAAUCAUGUACGAGCAGUUCCAGAAUAUCAUGAAGAUGGGACCUAUUAGUCAGGUUUUCUCAAUGCUUCCUGGAUUCAGUGCUGAGUUGAUGCCCCAAGGUCAAGAAAAGGAGAGCCAGGCAAAGAUCAAGCGUUAUAUGACCAUGAUGGAUUCAAUGACAGAUGAUGAGUUGGAUAGUUCAAACCCAAAACUUAUGACUGACUCGCGAAUAAUGCGGAUUGCUCGUGGAGCUGGCCGCCAUGUUAGAGAAGUUAUGGAUAUGUUGGAGGAGUACAAACGCCUUGCAAAGAUCUGGAGCAAGAUGAAGGGACUUAAGAUUCCAAAGAAGGGAGAAAUGAGUGCCUUGUCACGUAACAUGAACGCACAACAUAUGAGCAAGGUUCUUCCUCCACAGAUGUUGAAGCAGAUAGGGGGUAUGGGUGGUUUGCAGACCUUGAUGAAACAAAUGGGUAAUAUGGGUUCUGCUAAAGACAUGAUGAGUAUGUUUGGCGGGGGAGGAGAUAAGUAAAAAUUGCUGUUAACUCUAAAUUAGUUUCUGCUGGCAUGAAAUGUUUUGCUAUAUGGCCUCCCAGCCUACUAAAGUUCAGCACGCCUUUCCAGCCAUCUCUUGCCAGAAUUGCAAUUGAAUCUCGUGGCAGAAUUUGAGACUCAGAUUGAAGAUGCCUGCUGUUUGAUCUCGAAAAAGUACAGUGAUAGGUUUCUUUUUAAAUUUUUAUUUUUACUGUGAACUCAGUUAUUUUAGCUAAGUCAAGCUGUUACAUACUUUAAAAUUCUUAGUAGUUCAUAUCUCUGUAAUUUCUCCAGGCUUAUACCCACUUUAUGAAUUUGAAUGGUAAUCUCCGCUCACAUUUAAAUCAGUUUGUCAUUUCAACUGUCAAAGCCUCAAAGGUGAUACUGUGUUUUUUAUUCAAGGACAGUAGAGGAACAGGUUCUUUUGUUUGAA